GGGACAAAGGCCCUGACUCCCCGCGCUUUCCUUUCCAAAGAAUGCUGCUCAAGAUACUUCCUUCUAUUGGCAAUUUCUUUUUGGCCGGAGCUCAACUAAAUGAAUUGUCUAAUCAAUCAAAAAUUCCAAACCAAGAUAGUUCCGAUCUCCUUUACCAAACUCAUAUCUUCUGUAUCCAUAAUCCAUACUCUUUCAUUUCCUAAAGCCAACAAAUAUGAACAGGAACAUCCUGAUCCUGUUCUUGACCCUUUUCACUUCUUCAGUAACUACACCAAAUCCACACAUCAUACUGUCAAAGACACUAAAAUUAUACAUUCUUAUUUGCUUAAAACAGCUCUAUUGCAAUCUGAUAUUGUUGUUGCUAACUGUUUACUUGAUUGGUAUUGUAAAUGUGGUGCUAUACUUUAUGCCGUGAAAUUGUUCGAUACAAUUCCUCAACUAAAUGUUAUUUCUUGGAAUGUCAUAAUUUCUAGUUAUAUUCGUAAUAUGUUGUUUGAGGAUUCGUGGAGAUUGUUUUGUAGGAUGCAUUUUUCUGGUUUUGAGCCGGAUGAUAUCACCUACCGGAGUGCUCUUUCUGCUUGUGCUGCUUUGCAAGCUCCUUUGUUUGGUGAGCUGGUGUAUUCACUUGCAAUAAAAAAUGGGUUUUAUUCAAAUGGUUAUGUUCGGGCAGGAAUGAUAGAUUUAUUUGCAAAAAAUAGUAAGUUCGAUGAUGCUCUGAAGGUGUUUUAUGAUGUGUCCUGUGCGAAUGUAGUUUGUUGGAAUUCUAUAAUCUCUGGGGCUGUUAGGAAUGGAGAAAAUUCAGUUGCUUUGGAUCUUUUCAGCCAAAUGUGUCGCAGAUCUCUGGUGCCAAAUAGUUUUACCUUCUCAAGCAUUUUAACUGCUUGUGCUACUCUCAAAGAAGUUGAAAUUGGAAAAGGAGUUCAAGGUUUGGUGAUUAAAUGUUGUGAAAAUGAUGUCUUUGUGGGGACUGCCAUAGUUGAUAUGUAUGCCAAAUGUGGGGACGUUGGUGAAGCAGUUAAGAUAUUCUCUCGGAUGCCAGUUCGCAAUGUGGUUUCAUGGACUGCCAUUAUAUCUGGUUUCGUUAAAAAGGAUGAUUCUAUCUCUGCCCUCAAAAUUUUCAAAGAAAUGAGGAUCAUAAAGGAGGAAAUAAACAACUUUACUAUUACUAGUAUAAUCACUGCUUGUGCCAAACCAGAUAUGAUUAAAGAGGCAAUCCAAAUCCAUAGCUGGAUUUUGAAAACUGGAUUCUAUUUGGAUCCAAUUGUGCAGGCUGCUUUAAUUAAUAUGUAUGCAAAAGUACAUGCUAUUGAUUUGUCAGAGAUGGUAUUUAGAGAAUCGGAAGAUGUAAAGAAUCCACGCUUGUGGGCCACUAUGAUCUCUUCUUUUGCUCAGAAUCAGAGCUCUCAGAGGGCAAUUGAAUUGUUGCAAAUAAUGCUACAGGAGAGUCUGAGACCGGAUAGCUUUUGUUUUUCUAGUGUCUUAAGUGUAAUAGAUUGCUCAAAUUUAGGCAGGCAAAUCCACAGCUACACUCUUAAAACUGGAUUUGUCUUUGAUCUUUCUGUUGGUAGUUCUCUUUUCACAAUGUACUCUAAGUGUGGUAGUAUAGAGGACUCUUACAAAGUCUUUGAGCAUAUUCCAGUCAGAGACAAUAUUUCAUGGACAUCUAUGAUCAGUGGUUUCACAGAGCAUGGGUGCGCAAAUCAAGCUUUUGAGCUUUUUAGAAAUAUGCUUGCUGAAGGAACUAGACCUGAUCAGAUGAAUUUUAUCGCAAUUCUAGCUGCAUGUUCUGGCCUUCGUUCCUUACAGAAAGGAAAGGAAAUUCAUGGGCAUGCUUUCCGUGCUGGGAUGGGCAGAGAAGCACUAGUUGGUGGCGCACUUGUUUCUAUGUAUUCAAAAUGUGGUGCUUUGGAGUCAGCAAGGAAAGUGUUUGACAUGCUUCCUGAAAAAGAUCAGGUGUCAUGUUCCUCCAUGGUUUCAGGAUAUGCACAAAAUGGUCUACUUGAAGAGGCAGUAUUUCUGUUUCAUGAAAUGUUAAUGUCUAAUGUCACAGCAGACUCAUACACUGUUUCAUCUGUUCUUGGGGCUAUUGCACUUUUAAACAGAUUGGGCAUUGGGACUCAACUGCAUGCCCGUCUUACAAAAGUGGGCUUAGAUUCAAAUGUUUCAGUAGGAAGUUCACUUGUUACGAUGUAUUCUAAAUGUGGAAACAUUGAGGAUUGCUGUAAAGCAUUUGAUCAGGUUGAUGAACCAGACUUGAUAUGCUGGUCAGCUAUGAUUGCUAGCUAUGCUCAGCAUGGAAAAGGUGUAGAGGCUUUAAAAAUCUAUGAGAAAAUGAGAAGACAAGGAAUUAGACCUGAUUCAGUGACUUUUGUUGGGGUUUUGUUUGCCUGCAGCCAUGCCAAUUUGGUUGAGGAAGGGUAUUUCCUUUUUAAUUCAAUGACCAAAGACUUUGGCAUUGAGCCCAAUAACCGUCAUUAUGCUUGUAUGGUUGAUCUUCUUGGUCGUUCAGGGAGAUUGAAAGAGGCUGAAAAGUUAAUUAAAAGUAUGACGAUUGACCCUGAUGCUUUAGUAUGGGGAACGCUACUCGCUGCUUGCAAACUACAUGGAGAGGUUGAGCUUGGGAAGAAAGCAGCCAAAAUGGCCAGUGGGAGGAAGUCCAGCAGAUUAGAAGCCUGAUGAAAGGAACUAGGGUAAGGAAGGAAGCUGCUUGGAGUUUUGCAUGAGAUUCAAUUAUGUCCCCUUUGGUAAGUCUCGAUGGAUAACUUGGUUUCAAGUCCAUAUUAAGAUUCCAGCAAGUUGACCCAUGUUGCAUUGGAAAAUAUAAGGCAAAACAUGGUAUUGGCCGCUCUAUGACGAUUUAUUCCAUUGAUCCCCAAAUUUCAGAUUAUUAGCUCGCUAUGUUAUAUGGCUUUUCAAUUGGUUUAGUCGCAAUUGUAGAAUUGAUACUAGAUGCAUUGGAACAUAUUAAAAGCGACGUGUUAUCUCACAUCCAGUUGGGAGAAUUGCCCUGACCUGACACGAUUUUGAUGGGUAAGUUAUUUUUACAUUAUAAAAAAUAUAUGAAAAUGUUGUUAAA